AUGAUUUAUCAUAGCUUAGAAUGUCCUUAUCGGAGGGAUAUUGGUGUUUUGACUUGGCAAAAGAAAAUCACAUCCCUUGAGAAAGAUCGUCAAGAUCUGCAAUUGACAAUUGAUUCUCUACAAGAAGAGAAGAAACUAUUGCAAACAAAGCUACGAAAAACAUCUGGAAAUGGAAAGUUCACUGAUGUUAAGAAUAAUCCUUCUAACAGAAAAGAUGUGUCUACUUCUACUGAGGAUUUAAGAUCAAGGAGGAAAGCCCUCAAUCCAGAGAAGAAGUUGAGAUGA